CUUUUAUUGUGAUGGUUCCAAACCGGAAGAUUAGAUAUCAGCGCCGGCGGACUAAGAGCUGCUGAAGCUCCGAGAAACUAAGCUGAGUUGUAAGAGUUUUGAGUUCCAGGAUAAACCGUUUUAUUUUGAGGCGGAUUGUGGGGCUGUUUUCAAGGCUGGCUGUUCUCAAGAUGUCUCCGACUAACUGCAUUCACAUGACCUCUUCAGAAGCGGGAUGCAGCUGUCCAUUGGAGUCCCAGCUACGAGCAGUGCUGCAACAAAGGAUUAUGGUCCUGGAUGGUGGGAUGGGAACCAUGAUCCAGCAGUAUAAGCUUGAAGAGGAAGAUUUCAGGGGGGAAGAGUUUAAAGAGCACCCGCUUCCAUUGAAGGGCAACAACGACCUUCUCAGUAUCACACAGCCUGAUAUAAUUUACAAAAUACACAAGGAGUACCUGCAGGCUGGUGCGGAUAUCAUAGAGACUAACACAUUCAGCAGCACUUCCAUUGCUCAGGCAGACUAUGGACUGGAACACAUGGCUUAUCGUCUCAACAAGGUGUCGGCGGAGCUGGCGAGGAGGGCAGCCGAUGAUGUUACCAAACAAACUGGUUGUAAACGCUAUGUGGCCGGAGCAGUGGGUCCCACCAAUAAAACUCUGUCUGUAUCACCGUCUGUGGACAGACCGGACUUCAGGAACAUCACAUUUGAUGAGCUAGUAGAAGCCUACUCAGAGCAGGUCAGAGGUUUAUUAGAUGGAGGAGCAGACGUCCUCCUGGUUGAAACCAUUUUCGACACUGCCAACGCUAAGGCUGCCUUGUUCUCCAUCGACCUGCUGUUUGAAAAGAGCUAUGAAAGAAAACCUAUAUUUAUCUCAGGGACCAUUGUUGACCGGAGUGGAAGAACUCUGUCUGGUCAGACAGGAGAGGCUUUUGUAGUGAGUGUAUCCCAUGCUAAACCACUAUGUAUUGGUCUGAACUGUGCUUUGGGGGCGACAGAAAUGAGACCAUUCAUUGAGGCCAUUGGAAAAAGCACCACAGCUUUCAUUAUCUGUUAUCCCAAUGCAGGGCUUCCCAACACAUUUGGAGGGUAUGAUGAAACUCCAGAAGUAACAGCCUCCAAUUUAAAGGCAUUUGCUAGAGAUGGACUAGUGAAUAUUGUGGGAGGCUGUUGUGGGACCACUCCAGGACAUAUCAGAGCCAUAUCUGAAGCAGUUAGACACUGCCAGCCAAGAGUUCCUGCUGCUGAUAUUUAUCAAGACUACUUGCUACUCUCAGGUUUAGAGCCGUUCAGGGUUGGCCCUUAUACCAACUUUGUAAACAUUGGAGAACGAUGCAACGUGGCUGGGUCACGUAAAUUUGCCAAGCUGAUCAUGGCAGGAAACUAUGAGGAGGCACUAAGCAUUGCUAAAGCCCAGGUGGAGAUGGGAGCCCAGGUUUUGGACAUAAACAUGGAUGAGGGGAUGCUGGAGGGGCCAACGGCCAUGGCCCGAUUUUGUAGCUUCAUUGCCUCUGAGCCAGACAUUGCACGGGUUCCUCUGUGUAUUGACUCCUCUAACUUCUCAGUGAUUGAGGCUGGGUUGAAGUGCUGUCAGGGGAAGUGUAUAGUCAACAGUAUCAGUUUGAAAGAAGGAGAGGAGGAUUUCCUACUCAGAGCUGCCACUGUGAAGCGCUACGGAGCUGCUGUGGUGGUCAUGGCUUUCGAUGAAGAGGGACAGGCCACAGAUACAUACCGCAAAGUUGAGAUCUGCAGUCGAGCCUACAAGCUGCUGGUCAGCAAAGUGGGAUUUGACCCCAAUGACAUCAUCUUUGACCCCAACAUCCUCACCAUUGGUACGGGCAUGGAGGAACACAACAACUAUGCUGUCAACUUCAUCAGGGCUACUAAGCUUAUCAAGGAGACCUUACCAAGAGCCAGAGUGAGUGGAGGUCUGUCCAACCUGUCCUUCUCCUUCAGAGGAAUGGAGGCCAUCAGAGAGGCUAUGCAUGGAGCAUUUCUUUACCACGCUAUCAAGGACGGUAUGGAUAUGGGGAUAGUGAAUGCUGGAAACCUGCCGGUGUAUGAUGAUAUUGAUAAAGAGCUGCUGCUACUGUGUGAAAACCUAAUCUGGAACAGAGAUGCCGAUGCCACUGAGAAACUACUGGCCUAUGCACAGAACAAUGUGAAAGGAGGGAAGAAGGUGGUGCAGACAGACGAGUGGAGAGAAGGAAGUGUGGAGGAGAGAUUGGAGUACGCUCUAAUCAAGGGAAUAGAGAAGUAUGUAUUGGAGGAUGUGGAGGAGUGUCGCGCUCAGGUUGACCGCUACACCCGACCCCUUCACAUCAUUGAGGGCCCCCUUAUGAACGGCAUGAAGGUGGUGGGAGAUCUCUUUGGAGCUGGAAAGAUGUUCCUGCCACAGGUGAUCAAGUCGGCUCGUGUUAUGAAGAAGGCGGUGGGCUAUUUGAUUCCUUUCAUGGAGAAGGAGAGAGAGGAGAUGAUGGCAUCAUCAGGGUCAACAGAGGAGAUGGAUCCCUAUCAGGGCACCAUAAUUCUGGCUACAGUGAAGGGAGAUGUCCAUGAUAUUGGCAAGAACAUCGUAGGUGUUGUGCUGGGUUGUAACAACUUCAGAGUGAUCGACCUGGGUGUAAUGGUUCCCUGUGAUCAGAUCCUUAGAGAGGCCAUCACACAGAAAGCUGAUAUCAUUGGUUUGUCCGGUCUCAUCACCCCCUCUCUAGAUGAGAUGAUCUAUGUGGCCAAAGAGAUGGAGAGACUGGGGAUGACAACACCACUGCUGAUUGGAGGAGCCACAACAUCAAAGACACACACUGCAGUGAAGAUUGCCCCUCGCUACAGUUGUCCUGUUAUCCAUGUUCUGGACGCCUCCAGGAGUGUGGUGGUGUGUUCCCAAUUGCUGGAUGAGGCACUGAGGGAGGAGUACUUUGAUGACCUGAAAGAGGAAUAUGAGGAGAUCAGGCAGGAGCACUAUGACCUUCUGAAGGAUCGUCGGUAUCUGUCUCUUUGCCAGGCCAGAGAGAAGGCUUUACAUAUAGACUGGCUCUCUUUGCCGAGACCAGUGCGUCCUCAGUUCCUGGGCACCCGUGUGUUUAAGUGGUAUGACCUGAACAGUUUGGUGGACUUCAUUGACUGGAAGCCUUUCUUUGAUGUGUGGCAGCUGAGAGGAAAAUACCCAAACAGAGGUUACCCCAAGAUCUUCAAUGACAAGACUGUUGGUUUGGAGGCUCGUCGAGUCUUUGAUGACGCACAGCGGCUGCUCAACCAGAUGAUUGACAGCAGCAAUUUGAAGGGGCAGGGCCUGGUGGGAUUCUGGCGUGCCCAGAGUGAUGGUGAUGACAUCAAUGUGUACAAAGGGGAUGUCACAGUACGCAGAGACACCGAACCCAUUGCCAAAUUCCAUGGCUUAAGGCAACAGGUGGAAAGGGACAGCUCCAGUUUAGAGCCCUGCCUGUGUCUAUCUGACUUUGUGGCCCCUGUACACAGCGGUGUGGCAGACUACAUUGGUGUGUUCGCUGUGGGUGUGUUUGGAGCUGAGGAGCUGAGUCAGCAGUUCCAGGCUCAGGGAGACGACUACAGCAGCAUCAUGGUCAAAGCUCUUGCUGACCGCCUGGCUGAGGCGUUUGCUGAGGAGCUCCAUGCUCGUGUGCGUAAAGAGCUGUGGGGCUAUAGCACUGGUGAAGCUCUGCAGGCCUCAGACCUCCACAGAGUUCGAUACCAGGGCAUCAGACCUGCAGCUGGCUACCCCAGCCAGCCUGACCACACUGAGAAGACAAUCAUGUGGAGCCUGGCUGACAUACAGGAAAAGACUGGUAUUGGUCUGACAGAGUCCCUGGCCAUGAUGCCUGCUGCCUCAGUGUCUGGACUUUACUUCUCCAACCCUCAGGCCUCAUACUUUGCUGUGGGAAAGAUCACCAAGGAGCAGGUGGAGGACUACGCCAGGAGGAAAGAGAUGAGUGUGGAGGAGGUGGAGAGAUGGCUGGCUCCUAUACUAGGUUAUGACAGUGAGGUGUAGAGUGUGACAGCUCCAGCAGUCAGCUGGACCAAAGAAAGAUCAGAGCAGGGCAAAACUAACAGAGAAACAGGUUUACAGUCCAACCAUUCCACUGUAGCUCAUACAGGUUCUUACUGUGGUUACUUACACUAGGAUUCACUGACAUCCCACAGUAUAUUUUUUACUUCUGUACAAACAGACUAGAUGGGUCACAAACUUUUUUUUUCAGUCCUCUGUACCAAAACAAACUAAUUUAGAACACUACAUUAAUUUGAUAAAACAUUUGUAAAAAUCCUCUCUAAAAUGAAUUCCCUGUUUAUUAAUGGAGUGAUUCUAUUAGGAUUAUAAAGGGAGUGAAAUAGUCUGUUGAAAAUCACAUGGUAUCUCAUCACAGUCACACAUAGAUGUAUCCCCAGCAUUGCUACACAAUCAAGUUAAGGUGAUAAGUUAUUUUGACACCCUAAAAAUGAGGUGGAUCAACCCACAUAGCAGUAACAGGAGCUCUCAUUGGUCACCCAUCAUCUCAGAGCCCCUGUGUCACCCUCCUGUUACUUGUGUGUGGGAAGUUUUUGGUAUGACACAUUGCUUUAAACUAUAGUGUGGCUGAACCAAUCUGUAAACAUUAAAGUAGGAGAAAAAUGCAGUAUGGAACAUGGAAACAAGAGUUUAAUACAUUUUUCUUGAUAAACAUUUUUUAAGAGUAAAUUCCAGGCAAUUGAAAAUUUAGUUUUUGCUGACCUCCAUUGGUUUAAGUUCUCACCUUGCUCUAGUGAUGUAGAAGUGUAUUCCAGUGUGUCAGUUCACCAUGACCUCACUCUUGGGUGUGGUUACUGGCAGUGAUGCUGGCUGUGGUCAGUUGAACUUUCAGCCAGAGAUGAAUAAAAUUCAGUUUUCCAGCCUGUUGUACAGUUACUAUAAAAAUCCUUUUGUUACAUAAUCUAAAAUGAAUUAAUUUGUCAUUCAGAUGCACAAAAAUAAAAACAAUGACUGCUUUAAUAAGAUAAUUUUUUAAAAGUUACAUAAAUGUAUUGUUAAUUAUAUCAAUCAUCAUAGCUGUUGACGUACACUUCAGUCCUCCAGACAUUUGAAGCUACAACAAACAAUUAACUCAACCUUUUUCCGUAGAUACAUUGUUUCCAUUUGAUAGAAUGUAAGUGUAACUUCAACUAUAAGUUAGUUCAUUAUUUGAAUCCAAGGUACCAGUGUUUGAUUGGCUGGUUGGUUGAUAAUUGCUGUUUUUCUGUUUACAUUGUGAUUUCUGAGGGAGUUGUGAAUGCCUUUGUCUAGUCUAUGAGGUUUUAUAAAUGGUUUGUCUUCCAGACAUCACUUCAUAAUGCUCAGGAAUCAAUAAAUUGGGACAAAAUCAAA